GGGAGGUAGGAGCGGGGCUUGCGUCAACUUGGUCCUAGAAUGCCGUGCGAGCACGCCAUUCGGGGCUAAAUAUCGCAAACAACAACAUGGAUUCAGAUAUGAUGCGAUAACAUCAGAAUGAGGGGAUGAGGGGGAGACGAGGCUAAGGAAGGCAGGGAUCGAUGAAAAUGAAAGUAUAUAUAGACAAAUCAAUCUUUCUUUUACGUGGUUGCAACGGCUUUUGUGUAACGCUCUUGACCACAUCCAUUCGAGGAAUUCGAGGAAUUCGAGAGAAACACAUACACAGCUCCUCAUCGUCGCUUUUGUCCCUUUGAAGACCAAGCUCCUGCUGUCCAAUUGGUUCGAGGGAGACUUCACCAGAAUGGCGCCAGCACUCACCUCUCCCGCACCUGGUGCGCCACACACCCUUUCCGAUCCAACCACUACAACCACAAAGAAAGCACCAAAGUCCAUCUUCCCAGAUGGAAUACGUACCUCGGGCCAACACGAGCCCAUCUACUCCUUCUUACAACCAUACUCCGCCUUCCCCAAAGAAAUCGCUGGCCCGACAGCAUGGAGCAAAACAGACUACGCAUCCAACCCCGAACGCUGGACACACAUCUUCUCAGCCGACGAAGUGCGCGAGAUGAGCGAAGCAGCCGAUGCCUUCAUCGCCUCUGGAACACCCUUGACAGGCAUUACAAAAGAUCUCUUCCCACUACCCAACUUCUCCAAAUUCCUUGAGCCGUUGCGGAAAGAAUUGGUCGAUGGCAAGGGAUUCAUUCUCUUCAAAGGUAUGCCCGUUGAGCAGUGGGGAAACCAGAAAUCUGCUGUUGCGUAUAUGGGUCUGGGAACGUAUCUGGGUUACUUUGUGAGCCAGAAUAGUCGGGGACAUGUGCUCGGACACGUGAAGGAUCUGGGUGAAGAUGCUACGGCAAUCGAUAAAGUGCGGAUUUAUCGGACGAAUGCGAGGCAGUUCUUCCAUGCCGAUGACGCGGAUCUGGUAGGGUUGUUGUGUGUGGCUAAGGCGUUGGAGGGUGGGGAGUCUGAUCUCGUCAGUAGCCAUCAAGUAUGGAAUGAUCUCCAAAAACACCAUCCUGACGUCGCUGAACUGCUUACCCAACCCAUCUGGUACUUUGACCGCAAAGGCGAGACAAGCACGGGACAAAAGGAAUGGAUCAAAACCGCCGUGUUCUACCUGGAGACGGGAGAGAACCCAAGGGUCUAUAGCAAAUUCGACCCUUACUUUGUCCGUUCCUUGACCCGCUUCUCGGACGCAGGUCUUAUCCCCGCUCUUUCCGACGCCCAAGAACGCGCCAUUACCAUUCUCGAGGAGACUUGCCAAAAGCAUGCGCUGCACAUGAUCCUGGACGUGGGCGAUAUCCAGUUCCUGUCCAACAACCAUAUAUUCCACGCCAGAACAGCGUACAAAGACUACGCGCCACCAGCGCCAAGGAGGCACUUGAUGAGGUUGUGGUUGAGUACGCCGGAGGGAGAGGGUGGAUGGAAGUUGCCCUUCCACGAUAGUAAGGAGAAGAAGAGGGGUGGGAUUCAGGUCAACGAUACGGCACCCGUUGCACCGUAUGACGCAGAGUAGUCGAUUAUCGCAGGCGAUUCUUAUCUAGCUUUGUAAGUAGCCUGCGAACGCUUGUAUAGCAAAGAAAAUCGGAGAUUCGCAGAAGACCGUAAAGUGUUGCGAUUCAAUGUGGUAUCAUUCUUCUCUCGAGGCGCGACUUUUGCACCAAUCCUUGUGUUUGGACGCCACGCAUGUUGGACUGUUC